AUGAGCGGUGACCUCGAUCAACCGCCUCUCAAGAAACAGCGCUUCUUCUCCGAAGAUCCGUCUGCGCCGCAAGCUUCAUCGUCCCCGACCCGCGACGCGUCUUUCCCUCGUCACUGCCCCUGCAUCGAGAAUUCUGACCCCGAGCACAACGACCAGCAACGUGUCCCCGAAACACCGACUCGUGAUCGCCUGAAUCAUUCUGGUCAGGAAACAGCGAUACCCAUAGAUCCCCCGAUCAAUAUAGAGGCAUCCGAGGCCAGCCCAACACCGGAUCGAACCAUCAAAGCAACCUCGGAGUCGGUGGCACCGUCUCCCAUCAUCAUCAAAGGCUUUGACGUCGAUUUGUUCACCAGCAUUAUCGGCGAACAACUACCCUACGAGUCAAUAAAAGCCAUUCAGACCGCCGCAUCGAGCAAUGUCGAGCGAGCCGUCAACAUCUACUUCGAUGGAUCCCAACGGUCGUUUGAAAUCGACGACAAUCCGAGCAACCCUCCCCUGCAACCAAAUUCUGCCGGCGACUCCUCUGGAUCGUCCUCUUCAGCCAAAGGCAAUAAUAUCUACGAUCCCUCUCCCGUUCUGCGCAAACAACCCGCGACAAGAUAUAUUGGUGCCUUUGGAGUAGGUGGAUGGGCAACAAGGAGUGGCCUGGCACUGUUGAAGCAUGGUGAUCCGGUCAAUAUCGAACGUGCAAGAUCACAGCCGGUGACAAAGCGGGCUCGUAAUGGGAAAAUGAUCGUCAAUCAAAAGGGCGACGUUCUGACUCGUUUCACGAAUACUCAAGGGCAAGAAAUCGGUAGACUGCCCCAUGAGACUGCGGAGUGGGUUUCAACCCUUUUAGAUCAAAAAAUAUGCCAGUUCGAGGCUGUAUGUGUAUACAUGCCGGACAGAGUGCGCGUCAAUGAUACGGUCUACCUCCAGCUUCGUUGUUUCUUACGCAAAGAAGCCUUUCAGCGUGGUCCUUUUGCUGACACCAGUGACGACAACCGCGCCGUGAGCAUGUUCGAGGAGAAGGAAAGCACCGAGGAGAAAAGCCUUCGACUUCGACAAGUUGCUCUUGUUAAGCUUUUCCACGAGAUCAAUCUUCAGCCGACUUCGAUCAACCCGACAACCGAAAAGCAUAAAAGAGAGGGACUUCUUCAGGCCGCCGAAAUGGCAGAGAAGUAUGACGGGGUCAAGAAGGAGAAAUCGAAGACCAGUAAAGAUGACGAUGAAUCUUCUUCCGAGGACGACACUCAAGAAUUGGAGGAAGAUCAACUGGACAGUCUCUAUCGCAAGGCCCAGUCUUUUGACUUUAAUAUGCCCGAGGCUGAGCCAGGCCCGGACUUCGUUCUCGACCUUCGCAAGUAUCAGAAGCAAGCGCUUCAUUGGAUGUUAUCCAAGGAAAAGGACAAGCAACAAGGUCGUGAACGCUCGAUGCACCCCCUAUGGGAAGAAUAUAUCUGGCCAACCAAGGACGUGGAUGACAAAGACCUCCCAGCGGCUGAAGGCAUUGACCACUUUUAUGUGAAUCCCUACUCGGGCGAUUUGAGCGUGGAUUUCCCCGCGCAAGAACAACGUUGUCUCGGUGGGGUUCUAGCCGAUGAAAUGGGCCUAGGAAAAACUAUUGAGAUGCUCAGUUUGGUCCACACCAAUAAGACCGAACCUCGUACUGAGACGUCGAAUGGAAUAUCCUCUGUCAAUGACCUGGCAAGGGUUCCAAAUUCAUCCACCGCCGUGGUCCCUGCACCUUAUACAACAUUGGUGGUUGCUCCCACGUCAUUGCUCGCUCAGUGGGAAAGCGAAGCGCUCAAAGCCUCCACUCCUGGAACAAUGCGUGUUCUUAUGUACUACGGAUCGGAGAAGGCAGUAAAUCUUCGAGACAUUUGUUGCGAGGCAAAACAUGCCUCUGCUCCUCACGUUAUUGUCACCAGUUACGGUGUUGUGUUGUCUGAAUUCCGUCAACUUGGUUUACAAUCAUCGAUGGCUGCCGGUGCCCACAAUGGGUUAUUCUCGGUUGAAUUUUUCCGUGUAAUUCUGGAUGAAGCGCAUCUGAUUAAAAAUCGACGUUCAAAAUCUGCUCGAGCAUGCUAUGAGCUCAAAUCACUCCAUCGGUGGGUCCUUACUGGCACCCCCAUUGUCAAUCGCCUGGAGGAUUUAUUCAGUUUGGUCCGAUUUUUGAAAGUCGAGCCGUGGAGCAACUUCUCCUUCUGGAAAACCUUCAUCACGGUACCAUUCGAAUCUAAAGAGUAUGUUCGUGCCUUGAAUGUGGUACAGAGUGUGUUAGAACCUCUUGUUCUCCGGCGAACCAAGAGCAUGAAAACGCCUGACGGUGAGCCGUUGGUGCCUUUACCUCGACGUGUAAUCAACAUCGAGGAAGUAGAGCUCUCACAACAGGAACGAGAGAUCUACGACUGUAUUUAUACCCGUGCCAGGCGCACCUACAACGAGAAUGUCGCGGCCGGCACCCUCAUGUCAUCUUACUCAACAAUCUUUGCCCAGAUUCUUCGCCUUCGACAGACCUGCUGCCACCCAAUUCUGACUCGCAAGAAAGAAAUUGUCGCCGACGAGGAAACUCUAGCAGCCGCACUCGAAGCGACCAGUGAGCUGAAAGACGACAUGGACCUUCAAGAGCUAAUCAAUCAAUUCUCGACCUCGACUGAAAACGCCGAAUCCGAGACCGCGGAAGCUGAGGAUAGAUCCAUGAAGAAGUUCACAGCACACGCACUCCGACAGAUACAGACCGAUUCCAGUGGCGAGUGUCCAAUCUGCUGUGAGGAUGAGAUGAUAGAGCCGGCCGUCACUGCCUGCUGGCAUAGUGCUUGUAAGAAGUGUCUUGAAGACUUUCUCCGGCACCAAAUGAAUAAGGGAGAGCAGGCACGUUGUUUCUCAUGCCGUGUUCCGGUCGACGCCAAAGACAUCUUCGAACCAUACCUAUGGAAAAACUCCCCCUUUGACGAAGACCUGCCCGCCAUUACUGAGCUUGCUCCUCGCAUAUCACUACGACGUAUCAACCCGCUCUCUCCCUCCGCGCACACGUCGGCCAAAAUCCACGCCCUGAUCAGCCACCUUGGCCGAAUUCCUCCCAAUACAAAAUCCAUCGUGGUUUCCCAGUUCACAUCCUUCCUGGAUCUUAUCGGUGACCAGCUCUCUCGUGUCGGGGUAUCACACCUUCGUCUUGACGGCUCGAUGCCCCAGAAAGCCCGCGCUGCUGUCUUGGCAGAGUUCACCAAAACUGACACAUAUGUUGACGAGAUCGUCGAUACCGAAGAUGACAGCCCUAGAAAGAAAAAGGCAUCAGCUUCCAAACCUCAACCCUCCUCACCGCCGGCGACCGUCCUCCUCCUUUCCCUCAAGGCUGGUGGUGUCGGACUCAACCUCACGGUUGCGAGUAAUGUCUUCAUGAUGGAUCCAUGGUGGAGUUUCGCCAUCGAAGCGCAAGCCAUCGAUCGUGUCCACCGAAUGGGACAAACACGAGAUGUCGCUGUGACACGAUUUGUGGUCAAAGAUUCUAUCGAGGGCCGCAUACUCAGUGUACAAGAGCGCAAGAUGAAUAUCGCCGGCACACUUGGCUUACGUGUUGGCGGUGACGACGCCGACGAUGAUAAAAAGAAAGACAAACUCGCCGAUCUAAAGUUGCUCUUCGAGUAA